UAAACAUGAGGUAACCGGAGAAGAACCCGUCAAAUAACUACAGAGGAACAAAAAAGCCUGUUGAACAUAAUCAGAUCCUAUUGUGAUGUGAAUUAACCGGGGAUUUUAAUGCCGACAGUCUCUGCACGUGAUUUUAAAUCGCCGACAUGGCCGCAGUGGACGCGAAUAAAGUCAACAUUUCCUCCGAAGAGGAUAGGCUAAUGUUUCCGGUGACUCACUAUGGUUCGAAUGACUGCAUGGAUCAGUAUAGUAACCCCAGGUCGACUCUGCUAACAGAUGGCUGGAUAGGUGCUGGUGAAGAAGAGGAAGCGUUGCGCAGGAAGUUAAAAUAUUUCUUUAUGAGUCCUUGUGAAAAAUACCAAGCCAAAGGCAGAAAACCUUUUAAACUGGUUCUGCAAAUGCUGAAGGUUCUUAUAGUAACUAUACAGCUGGUACUUUUUGGCUUAAGCAACGAGAUGGCGGUGACGUUUAAAGAGGAAAACACAGCCUCGUUUAAACACCUCUUUCUCAAAGACUACGCUGACUCAGAUGACGCGCUUGCUGUUUACACACAGAGAGAUGUUUAUGAUCAUAUGCAUUACACAAUAGAACAGUACCUGGCUUUGCCGGAGACGACAGUGGGCCGCUAUGCAUAUGUGUACGAUGUCGGUGUGAACGGGAGUGCUCUUUCUCUGUGUCAGCAGUAUUAUAAAAAAGGCCAGAUUGACCCAGCUAACGACACCUUCAACAUCGAUCCGCAUGUGGUCACAGACUGUAUGGGCGUAAACCCUUUGGCCACUCCCACAGCAGGUCUGGGCCGCGAUUACAGGAACUUCACCCUUAAGUUCCAUAAGCUCAUUAAUGUCACCAUACAGUUCCAGCUAAAGGCUAUAAAUCUUCAGACCAUCAUCCACAAUGAAAUUCCUGACUGUUACACUUUCUUCAUCACAAUUCUGCUGGAUAACAAAGCCCACAGUGGUAAAGUUAAGAUCAGUCUUGAUAAUCAGGCCUCCAUAAAGGAAUGUAAAGACCCAAGUGUGUCUGGACAUGCUGAUAGUAAUGCUCGUGUGUGGUUUGAUGCGGCGGUUGCAGUGGUGUGUAUUCUCUCUCUGGUCCUCUGUGGUCGCUCUAUCAUCAGAGGAAUCAUUCUUCAAAAUGAGUUUGUAAAGUACUUUAGGAAUUAUCUGAACCGUGAUGUCUGUUGGGGAGACCGAAUGGAGUUUAUUAACGGAUGGUAUAUUCUGCUCAUCAUUAGCGACAUGCUCACGAUCACAGGCUCCAUGAUUAAGAUCGGCAUUGAGCUAAAGAACCUCUCAUCGUACGAUGAGUGUGGGAUCCUUUUGGGCACCUCGACGUUAUUGGUUUGGGUUGGAGUUAUUCGCUACCUCACCUUCUUUCAGAAGUACAAUAUUCUCAUUGUCACAUUACGAGCUGCAUUCCCUAAUGUGAUCCGUUUCUGUUGCUGUGUGGCGGUGAUCUACCUCGGGUAUUGCUUCUGUGGGUGGAUUGUGCUGGGACCCUAUCAUGUUAAGUUCCGCUCUCUCUCGCUGGUGUCAGAGUGUCUUUUCUCUCUGAUUAAUGGAGAUGACAUGUUUGUGACCUUCAGUGGCAUGCAAGAGAGCAGUUUGCUAGUCUGGGUAUUCAGUCAGGUUUACCUUUACACAUUCAUCUCUCUGUUCAUUUACAUGGUGCUCUCUCUCUUUAUCGCUCUCAUCACUGGAGCUUACGAGACCAUCAAGCAUCAAACUCAGGAGCCGUGCCACAUCACUGACCUGCACGCGUUCAUCGCUCAGUGCACCGACACACCCUGCUCUGGAAAGUUUCGCGGGAUCGAAACCUCGCCCUGCUCGUUCUUCUGCUGCUGUGACAGAACCACCACAUAUGAGGACGUCCUCCUUGUGAACUAGUGAAGUGAUGGGUCUUGAGGCCUGACUGCACCUCCCUCUGCUGGUCACACUGCGCUAGAGCAACAGGACAGAAGCCAGUAAAAAGCUCCAGACUAAAUACUCAAGAAGUCAGU